AUGGCAGGGCGAUCGUCCCAGCACAACCAGCAGGCGAGCAGCAUGCAACCUGCAUCGUCACGGGCAUCCGCCGCCUCCGCUGCAUCAUCAUCAUCAUUGUCGUCGUCCACGCUGCAACAAACACUCGCCGGCUUUGAUGGCACGCAGGACGACUCACAGGACAAGCCGAAGCGGCCGCAGAACAAGGCAGCGGCGGACAAGUAUAGGCGGCGCAAGAAGGAGCGCUUUGAGACGAUGCAGCAGGACGUGGAGCGAUACACGCGCGAAAAUACGGAGUUGGCCGUCAAGGCGACGCGCCUGGAGAACGAGAAGGCGUUUCUCAGCACCCUGCUGGAAUCCGCUGUGCGCAGCAGCGCCAACCCGUUUGCAGCACUGCUGAACAUCCCGCAGUCCCUCAUCACGCCCGGCAUGCUGCCACGCCGCGUUGAUCCUGCCUUGUUCCAGCGGAGUAAAAAUGUCAUGGAGAAGUUUGUCAAGGAACACGACGCUCAGGUGGAGAAGAGGAUAGCUACACUGGAGGGUCGGGUGCAUGCGCUUGUGAAGAGGCUCGGCACAUCAUCUGGGCACACCACGUCUUCAACAGACACCGGCGAUGCUGCGUGA